AGAGGUUACCCUGAGUGUUUUAGCAGGGAAUAUUUACAGCCUUCUAGUUCAGGAGAGAUGAUUGCAUUGAUUUUCUUUUCUGCCCUGCUGUGGGAGAAGGCUCAAGCAUGGGGAUUCAAGGACGGAGUGCUGCAUAACUCUAUUUGGUUAGAGCGAGCAGCUGGAGUGUACCACAGGGAGUCCCGCCGGGGGAAGUACCAGCUCACCUACGCCGAAGCAAAAGCCGUCUGCGAGUACGAGGGAGGACACCUGGCCACCUACCAGCAGCUGGAGGCAGCCAGGAAAAUAGGUUUCCACGUGUGUGCUGCUGGCUGGAUGGCAAAGGGCAGAGUUGGUUAUCCCAUAGUGAAAGCUGGAGCCAACUGUGGCUUUGGGAAAACUGGGAUUGUUGAUUAUGGGGUUCGCCUCAACAGAAGCGAGCGCUGGGACGCCUACUGCUACAACCCCAACGGAAAGGAAUGUGGCGGAGUCUUCACAGAUUCCAAACACGUUUUUAAGUCACCAGGCUACCCAAGUGAGUAUGAAAACGAUCAAAUUUGCUACUGGCACAUUAGAGUGAAGUAUGGACAACGUAUCCACCUACAGUUUCUGGAGUUUGAUGUGGAAGAUGACAUUGCUUGUAUGGCUGAUUUCUUGGAAAUCUACGAUAGCUACGAUGAUAUCAAUGGCUUUGUGGGCAGAUUUUGUGGAGAUGAGUUGCCAGAUGAUAUCAUUAGCACAGGCAAUGUUAUGACCUUGAAGUUUCUGAGCGAUGCCUCAGUGACUGCUGGGGGUUUUCAAAUUAGGUACAGCACGAUGGACACACCUUCAAAGCCAAGUGAUGGGAAGAAUGCAACAUCCCAAGGCAAAACAAACUUCUUGUCUGGAAAAUUUGGGAUUAUGUGAGCAGAGGAACAAGAUGCACUCGUUAAAAAACAUGUUCUAGAACCCAGUUCAGAUGUCUGUUUCUUCAGAUAGGACAUAGCCUUCUGACUUUUUAUUUUCUUCUUUUAUCUAUGAUUUUUUAAUAAAGUAUACUAGGAAAUAAAUUAUGAAAUGUACUUAAAUGAAUAAUAGAAGACUAUUUUUAGAUUACAAGUACUGUAAAAUUCUGAAGAAUUCAUUGCUACCAAAGAUUUUUAAAUUAUUUUUCUACAUAAACUCCUCCUCCUCAUUUCUUGCACCAUUUGAACAAACCUUUCACGUGACUGUUUCAAUUGUUUUUAAAUUUCAUAUCCUGUUCUCUCCUUAUUUUCCUUUCAAGUAAGCUUAAUUUUAAAAGGCAUAAAUUCCUCCUGUGGAUGGCCUAGCUGCCACUCAUCUAGUUGUCUGAAGUCAGAAGAUUGGGAAGCAGCAUGAACAGCACAGAGUCAAUUAUAUUAUCAUCAUCAUUUUCUCGUGAGAUGAAUCAGAAGCUCCUCAAUUAAUUUUGUUGGGGUUUCCUCAUCCAGAGAGAUGUUCAAGUCCUUUCACUUCUCUGCUUUCACUGAGUAAGGAAUCAAAUUAAAGACCUGGUGAUGAAAACAAAACUGGUGAGAUGAAGCACCAGAAGGAAUUGCUAACCAGAUACCAGCAAAUCUGUUUGGAAGAUACUGUCAAGAUGCUGUAUGUUGUUUACAUGGGUUUCAAGAAGACUGUACUGUUUUUUAUUGAUGAACAUAAACUAUUCUCCAUAUGUUUUUAA